AUGCCAGAAAGCAUUGAAAUUACAGCUAAACCAUACAUCCACGACCACGGUGCAAGACUCAGCGAAGGAGUCACCUUUCUGCGGGACUCCAAGACCUUAUUUUGGGUUGAUAUUUUCUUGGGUGAAAUUCACUAUGUGACUGAGAUCAACGAACCCAAAGCGUCCCAUAAAGUCAUCAAGAUCAAUGCUGAAAACCAUUUCGGGGAUUAUCCGUACUCUUCAGGUUUGCCGGAACGCGUGGGUGCCGUUUUCCCGAUUGAUUCGCCAACUGGAGUGAAAGAAGCGUUUUUUGCCGGAAAAUACGGGAUCGGGCAUGUAUCGCUUGAAACAGGCCAAUGGAGCUACCGGGUGUUGUUCUCAUCGAGCAAAAACGUCUCUGAGAAAAAAUGGGACCGUCUAAGGUCGAAUGACGGCAAUGUUGCACCUAACGGCGAUAUUUACAUCGGAGUGAUGAACGAUUUCCACAUCGGCGUGGAUACCAAAAAGGAGGCCGAGGGGUGCUUGUUUCGGGUAAAUCUCAAGCAGAAAAGCAUCGAGCUCGUGCUAGACCAUUUACACAUCCCAAACAGCAUCAAUUGGAACCAGAAAAAUGACAUUUUGUAUUUGAACGAUACUAUGGCUUUCAAGACUUGGCAAAUGCCAUAUGUGGAUGGGAACCCGCAACCAGCUGAGAGAAAGUUAUUUAUUGAUUUCGUGCCCGUUAACAAGGGUGUGGAACUUCCGCAGCCGGACGGCUCCGUCGUAGAUGCUCGUGAUGGCUAUUCAUAUUGCUGCGUCUACAGCUCUAAUAAACUACAGGUUUUUGACACCAAGGGUCAGCUACAACGCGAACUUGUGUUCCCACAAACUCCCAACAUGACUUGCUGCUGCAUCGGUCUUGGAGGAGACAUUUUUGUCACCACAGCAUCGCUGGACGUCGAACAUGGCAAGAGUACUGGUCCCAGCGGAUCGCUUUACCGCGUUCCAGCUGCGCACGUUACUGGAAAGGGUGAUGUUCAAUCCUCAAAGCGUAGUCCUGAGUUUUGA